AUGCUCGCCAAGAAAUUGAGUCAUGUACCGACUUUGGCAUCCUUGAAUAUUCGGUAUAAGAAAACCUUUGGUCACAAAUUCAGAGAUGUCAUCGCUGCAUGUGGUUCGUACCUAAAACCUGUCCGGAAGUAUAUCUUUCCAAAUUUCCUGGCUGUUCACUAUUGCUAUAUCAUUUUUGUCACCAUUAUCGCAUCGAUCCUCAUGUAUCCAGUCAGGAACCAAAAGUACAUUGAUAUAUUGUUCCUAGCAGCUGGUGCAACUACUCAAGGUGGACUGAACACAGUUGACACCAAUACAUUGUCGUUAUAUCAACAGAUCAUCGUCUACAUCACUUGUGUUUUUUGCACUCCGAUUGUCAUACAUGGUUGUCUUGCGUUUGUGAGAUUGUACUGGUUUGAGAGAUACUUUGAUGGUAUCAGAGACUCAUCGAAAAAGAAUUACAAGAUGAGAAGAACAAAGACUAUUUUGGGUCGUGAGAUGACCAGUAGAACUAUGUCCAAGAUGCCUCAGCGUCCAACACACAUACUCUCUAUGCUCCCUACGAGUUCUCGAAAUGAUGAAAACUUUCAAGAUAAGUUGUUUAGUGGUAAGGAAUUUUUCAGAAAAGAGGGUGAGGAUGAUGUUGACAAUGACAAGCCAGAUACUACAAAGCCCAAGGAUAAGAACGGUUUUGACUCCAAUGGAUCAUCUUGGUCAAGUUCAAAUACUGUGAAAGAAAAUGGCAAUCCCAAUACUCAUGUGCGAGGAGAUUUGGUUUUCAAAGAACCUGGCAUCAAGAAGCCGACCAAACCUCGUGAACGAUUUGCCGGUAGAAGAAGCUCAGCAGAUAUUUCGCCGGAGGAUAUGUAUAGAUCGAUUCAAAUGAUGCAAGGGCAACAUCAAGAAGCUCGUGAGGACGAGGGCCCUGCCCUAGUAAUUGGCGCACCAACUGAUAGACCAGUGGCUCGUAACGAAGAGGCCAAGCAGAAGCAGGCACCUGAGGAUGGUACGAAAGAUGAUCAUCAUAGCAUUCUAACGGAAAAUCAAAGUAAGCACACGAGUGCCCUUAAUUCCAGUAUAGAUCCACAUCAUACCCAAACGCCUCCGGUUCAAAAAGUGCAGUCUUCUCCAAUAGCAUCUCUGAAAACGAUCGAUGAAGAGACUAAAAUGGGAAGAAAGGACUACGACGAACCCGAGGCGAAUAAACCAACAAUUCAGUUCGACGUUUCAGCGCAGCCAAAGAGACCCAGUUCUAAAAUAGUCAAGGACUCUACCAUUCGCAUACCUCGUCGAGGUAACCAAUACAGGACCAAAUCGAAUAGAGGUUUACUCAAGCAUUUGCCUAAAGGAAAGGAGCUGCGACAAAAGCUUAAGAGACGACUAUCAUCUAAUUCUGCGGAUGGUUUGAAUAGUGAAAAGCGAAGAAGCUAUACAGAUGAUGAUGAACCCACGGACAAGGAUAACAUGGAAGAGUAUUUUGCUGACAACGAAAGUGAUGAAGACGAUGAAGAGCAUCCUAACGUCUAUGGAGAGGGCAAACGGCUCAGUAAAGUUCCCACCACAGGAGAAGUUGAAGAACCACGCCGUUCCCAACUUGCCGAAAUGCCUAGAAGUCUUACUAUGGACGCUCGUCAGGCAAAAGAUCUUAAUCAGUUGGCGCAGACUCGUGAGUUUCAAAAGAUGAUAUAUAAAGACUGGAAGAAAAAGCAUAGAAAGCCAAACCCGCUUAGGAGGAAAAGCUGGAACGCCAAAAAAUUCGAGAAUGAAUAUUCUGCAGGCUUUCCGUGGAUGCAAGAGGCUUUCAACGCCGAUGAGGAUUUAUCCUCAGAUCAUGAUUCAGGUGAAGUCAAUUCCGGGCAUGGCAGCAGUUUCGAUAAUGUAAAAGGUAAUGUGGCUUCUGAUAGUGAUGACGCAGCGAAUCAGGAGCCUAGCAGUCCAAGAGACCGCGACUCUCUUGACGAAGAGCAGGGCUACUAUGGUUUGACUAUAGAUCCCGAGUUUACCAGUAAUGCUCGUCCGGCGAUUGCUCGGACCAUGAGUACCAACUAUUUGUCAUGGGAACCUACUAUUGGACGUAAUUCGGCUUUCACAGGGUUAAGCAAAGCACAAAGGGAAGAGUUGGGUGGUAUUGAAUAUACAUCGAUCAAACUUCUUUGCCGCAUCCUCGUUAUCUAUUACGCGGGGUUUUUAAUAUUGUCAUUUGUGCUGAUAGUUCCAUGGGUCCUCCAUCAAUCUCACUACAAGGCGAUUAUCAGAGAAAAUGGAGUUUCACCAACUUGGUGGGGGUUUUUCACUGCCAUGAGUGCAUUUACCGAUCUUGGUAUUACUGUGACACGAGAUUCGAUGCUCUCGUUCAACAAAGCGGUUUACCCAUUAGUGGUCAUGAUGUGGUUUAUUAUCGUUGGCAACACCGGGUUCCCCGUUCUUCUGCGGUUUAUCAUAUGGGUACUUUUCAAGCUGUCGCCCGAACUAUCGCAAUUUAAAGAGAAUCUGGGGUUUUUGCUGGACCAUCCCCGUCGUUGUUUCACACUUUUAUUCCCAAGCGCUGCAACAUGGUGGUUGCUCGCCACUCUUGUUGCUUUAAAUGGUAUUGACUUGGUGCUAUUCAUCAUCCUGGAUUUCGGAAGCGCAGUACUUAGACCGCUUGCUCGAGGGUUUAGAGUGCUGGACGGGUUAUUUCAAGCCGUGAGUACACGAACCGCCGGCUUCACUGUCGUUGACUUGAGUAAAUUGCACCCUGCGAUCCAAGUUUCUUACAUGUUGAUGAUGUACGUAUCUGUGCUACCUCUAGCCAUUUCAAUCAGAAGAACCAAUGUUUACGAAGAACAAUCUCUGGGUCUUUACGGAGAAAUGACAACUGAAGAUACGUCGAGCACUGAUUAUAGCACGGAUAGCGAGGGCUCUAGCGAUUCGGGUUCAAGAAGAAAGAAAAAGAAGAAGAAGCAAGGAAAAGAUUCGAACGAAUCAUUCAUCGGUGCGCAUUUGCGUAGACAACUAUCUUUUGAUAUCUGGUUUUUGUUCCUUGGUCUUUUCAUAAUUUGUCUCUGUGAGGGUGGUAAGAUCCAAGAUACCAGUAAACCCGAAUUCAACGUUUUCGCUGUUCUAUUCGAAAUCGUGAGCGCUUACGGUACUGUGGGACUAUCACUUGGUUUUCCAAAUACCAACACUUCGUUCUCGGGCCAGUUCACAACACUCUCAAAACUAGUCAUCAUUGCGAUGUUGAUCCGUGGCAGACACAGAGGUUUGCCGUACGCACUAGAUCGUGCUAUCAUGUUGCCCAGUGACCGUUUAGAACACAUUGAUCACAUCGAAGACCUCAAAUUGAAACGCACAACCCGUAACUCAACCAACAACGUCGACCCAGUCACAGCAUACUUCAAGAAGAGAACGGGGAAACUACACCGCGGUUUCGAUCGUCUACGUCGCUCAGUCGCCGAACCAGAAGAAGCUCAUCUGGAGGCCUAUGGGCAACAUAACAACAGUCCAGACUACAAUCUGCCCGGCGAAGACGAGCGAGACUACCAACUCGAAACUGUUUCGCAGGCGACCCACUCCGCUCCUUCCUCCGUCCAUUCCCCGGGCUCUAUAGACUCCGAACAACUCACGGACCGGGACUCAAACCACGACUCUAUGCAUUUAACCCAUCCGAUCUCUUAUAGUUGA